UAGGCAGGAAUUUAAAUAAUAUAUCAUUAAGCAAUUGAAAAACCACAAAUUUAAAUAAUGAAACGUUUCGCCUGUUUCAAUCUGCGCACUUUUGGUCUAAGCAUAGCCUGCUUGGAUGCCCUGAUAGCGCUGUGCAUCCUCGGGCUAAGCAGCUUCUAUCUGUACAAUGACUUCAUGGACUUUACGCAAUGGCAACAGAAUGAUGUUCAGAUCUUGAGUCCGUUCGGAGCAUUUGUCGCCACACUGGUGGACUAUGUGCUGGUUCAUGAGUUCUCACAGGCCUUCUAUAUGAUACUAACUGUAACCGUUUGGGUAAAGGCAUUGAUAAAUCUAGUGGUGGCUGGCAUUCUAGUCGAUGGCAUCAAACAGCGACGACUUAUAUGCAUUGCCCCCUGGCUGAUCAACGCGUACGUCUCCAUGGUGAUUGAGGUGGCGAUUUUCGUAUUCUUGGAGGUGAAAAUUGAUGAAGUGGACGCCUCCAUAGAUCGACGCAUAGCACGGAGUGUGCUCUUUGGUGUUUUCAUAGUGCUGAACGCGCUGAUUGCCUAUGGCAUCUAUGCGCUCUAUCGCAUGCUGAAGACAUCGACGAACGAGAAUCGUGCGCUGCAGGAGAGCAUUGUGGAAACGUCGGGUAUGUUUCAGCACAUCAAGGUUUGAAAGUUUGUCAAAGGUAAUUAAUUGCUAUUCUAUAUACACCCGUACGACCAGAAGGAAAUCUUAUUUAAAUUGGAUAACAUUAACCAAAGCUAUUUUCUUAAUUGAUGUACAAGCAUUUAUGUAAUGAAACAAAUAAAACGAACCAUGCUAAGACA